AUGGACGGGAAGAGGGUGGAGAUAGACGGCGGGAUCAUGGAGGGGGGUGGGCAGAUUUUGAGAGUGUCCACGGCCCUGAGCUGUCUGCUGGGCCUGCCGCUGACGGUGCGCCGGAUCCGCGCCGGAAGAAGCCAGCCCGGCCUCAGUACAGGGGGACACUUCUCAAAAGUAUUCUUAAAGGUGCUAACAAGGCCUCAGCAUCUGUCUGGAUUGGAGAUCAUUCGAGAUCUAUGUGAGGGUAAGCUGGAAGGUGGAGAAAUUGGCUCAACAGAAAUAAUCUUCACUCCUGGGAAGAUCAAAGGUGGAACCCACAUAGCAGAUACAAAAACAGCAGGGAGUGUGUGUCUACUGAUGCAGGUAGCAAUGCCCUGUGUGCUGUUUGCUGCUUCCCCAUCAGAACUUCAUUUAAAAGGUGGGACUAAUGCUGAGAUGGCUCCUCAGAUAGACUACACAGUCAUGGUUUUCAAGCCAAUAGUUGAAAAGUUCAAUUUCACGUUUAAUUGUGACAUAAAAAAGAGGGGCUACUACCCUCAGGGAGGUGGCGAAGUUGUAGUCCAGAUGUCACCAGUCAAAGAGUUGAGCCCAAUAAACUUAACAGAACGUGGCACAGUGACAAAGAUAUAUGGAAGAGCAUUUGUUGCUGGAGCGUUGCCUAUAAAACUGGCAAAAGACAUGUCAGCAGCAGCAGUGAGAUGCAUCAGAAAAGAAAUCAGAGAUCUUUACAUUAACAUUCAGGCCGUUCGAGAACCUGAUGAUCAAGCUGUUGGGACUGGAAGUGGAAUAAUCGUUGUUGCAGAGACUUCAACAGGUUGUUUGCUAGCUGGGUCAUCACUUGGCAAGAGAGGAAAGAAUCCUGACAAAGUUGGCAUUGAAGCAGCUGAGAUACUGCUUAAAAAUCUUAAACAUGGUGGAACUGUGGAUGAUUCUCUGCAAGACCAACUGAUUAUUUUUAUGGCGCUAGCGAAGGGAGUCUCUAGAGUGAAAAGUGGACCAAUUACACUUCAUACUCAAACAGCUAUACACUUUGCAGAGCAGCUAACAAAGGCCAAAUUUACUGUGACAAAGUCAGAAGAAGAUGAUCCCAGUAAAGAUACCUACAUCAUUGAGUGCCAAGGAAUGGGGAUGACAAACUCAAACUUAUAGGGUAAAAAGAAAAAGAGAAGCAGCAAGAUGACAAAAGUAAAACUCAACAUACCUCAGUGAUGCAUUGCACUACAUUUCGAUACACAUGUGAACAGGAGGAGCCUUCUGUCGCAUCUGAGUGAUUUAACUCCAAGCACGAUGUCGAGUUUUUCCUUCAUGUGCUAAGAAUGG